CGAAUCGCUAGUAUCGUGGAACGUAUUAAAUUAUAAUUUAACAAAGAUAUCAUCAUGUUGGUGCUCUAACCUCUAAGUAGUUCUUCUGUCAUAUGUUAACUUUUAAAUUUUUAAUAAUACUGUAUAAUUGUUGAAUAACUGCAAUAUUAAUGAAUGAUGUGGCAAUUGCAGAUGAACUGCUUUCAAUAGAGCUACGAUUAUGUGUAGAGUUAAAAAGUUUGCAAUAUGAGGAAAACAUCAGUUUUAUUUAUGACCCUGUCGUGUACGCAUUCGAUGUACAUUCUCAAUUCGUUCACAAGUUCUGUAGUUCUGGUAAACGAAUUCUGUUUUUAGGACUGAAUCCUGGACCUUGGGGCAUGUCUCAGACAGGGGUGCCGUUUGGGGAGGUGUCCCUCGUACGGGAUUGGUUAGGUCUGUCGGGUGAGGUGGGGCAGCCGGACAGGGUCCACCCCAGUCGGCCCGUCCUGGGCUUCGACUGCCAACGCAGCGAGGUGAGCGGCCGCAAGUUCUGGAGCCUCUUCCAGCGACUGUGUGGGUCGCCCCACAACUUCUUCCGACACUGCUUCAUCUACAACUACUGCCCUCUGGCGUUCCUAUCCGCUUCUGGCAAGAACAUCACCCCAGUGGAGUUCAAGGCCGGCAAGCGGAAGCAGGUGACGGACGCUUGCGACCAGGCCCUGUGCGCAGUGCUGCAGCUGCUGGGCGUGCGCACCGUGGUGGCCCUGGGCAGGUUCGCGGAGAAGAGAGCCAGCGACGCCGUGCGCCAGGGGACCCUGGGCCAUGUGCAGGUUGCGUGUUUGCCCCACCCCAGCCCCCGCAACUUCGCUGUCAAGGACUGGGCUCAGGAGAGCCUGGACCAGCUCUCGAAGCUGCAACUGCUGCCGUUCUUCACUCCCGGCUGAACGAUCUCGUCGCUUUCAUACCCAACUAAGUUUACUGUUGUUGUACAGUUGUGUCUUAUAACUUAUUGUCCUAUCAUUUUUACACAUGUACCAAGUUUUCACGUUAUUUGUGAUACAGGUGCAGUUUUGAUGUAAUUUUACAUAGAAUUUUGUGCUGUAUUUGAUGUUGAUUGAAGUUAAUUUUACAAACGCAGAGGGCCAUCGAGACAUACCUAGUGCCCGGGGGUAAAUAACCCCACAAUUAAAAAAAAAGUACUGGAAUUAUUAUGGGUGUAAUUGUAAAUAUGUGUGUGCCUUGCUUACUUGUAAUUUUCUUCCUCUCAGGGUAAAACCAAUCAUUAAAAAUAAAUUUCAAUACAGCUGGGGGCCGGGCACUGGGGACUUUGCCCUGCCUUCCCUUUCGAACAGCACUGGCAACACGCACUAUUAUAAGAAUAUUUGUUGUGAAUUGUCCUUUGACUUAUUGUACUUAAUUCCUGUGGCUGCUAAUAUGAUAUUUAAAUUUUUUUAUAACUGUCUAGAUGUUUUGAUAAUUUUGUAGUGAAACUAACUCUAAUGAUCUGAUGUUAACAAGGUGUUAAAACUUC